AUGGAGGCGGUGGCAGCUGGAGUUGUCACCACUGAGGCCCCUGUGGAGGUGGCGGCAGCUUUAGUUGUCAUCAUUGAGGCCCUGUGGAGGCGGGUGGCAGCUUUAGUUGUCACCACUGAGGCCCCUGUGGAGGCGGUGGCAGCUUUAGUUGUCAUCAUUGAGGCCCCUGUGGAGGCGGUGGCAGCUUUAGUUGUCAUCAUUGAGGCCCCUGUGGAGGCGGUGGCAGCUUUAGUUGUCACCACUGAGGCCCCUGUGGAGGCGGUGGCAGCUUUAGUUGUCACCAUUGAAGCCCCUGUGGAGGCGGUGGCAGCUUUAGUUGUCAUCAUUGAGGCCCCUGUGGAGGCGGUGGCAGCUUUAGUUGUCAUCAUUGAGGCUCCUGUGGAGGCGGUGGCAGCUUUAGUUGUCACCACAGAGGCCCCUGUGGAGGCGGUGGCAGCUUUAGUUGUCAUCAUUGAGGCCCCUGUGGAGGCGGUGGCAGCUUUAGUUGUCACCACUGAGGCCCCUGUGGAGGCGGUGGCAGCUUUAGUUGUCAUCAUUGAGGCCCCUGUGGAGGCGGUGGCAGCUUUAGUUGUCACCACUGAGGCCCCUGUGGAGGCGGUGGCAGCUAGAGCUGUUACUGUUGAAGCCUCUGGAGCCUUACCUGAUGCUCCAAAGACCUUACUUUAG